AUGCCGGAUGACGGGCUGCAUGCCCCGGCCGCCCUCCAGAGCCCCCAGAGCCCCCAGAGCCCCCAUCCCUCCAAUGCCCUCAGCGCCAGUCGGGAGACAGCCACCACGCCAUCGCGGAAGGGGCCCUACCGCCCUGCCGGUCCACGCCAUCCCACAGACGCACGUGGCGCAGACACAGGGUCAGCCAUGACAAACAACGCGGCUGGGCCGGAUGCUGCACCGAACUGCCGGGGUAUUGCGCUGGCGGAUGCUAGGAAGAGCGCAAAGACCUCCAAGGGCACGAAGGGCACAGAGGAUCCAGCGGGCACCGCGCAGAAGAGUCACGAUGUCCUGCCACGCCACGGACGACCACAGCAAGCACGGGCACGGACAAAGCGUCUACCGUCCAACGAGGGCGUUCAUGUUCCUCCCACGAACCACACCGACGAUAUAACCGCUCCUGCGUCACCGGCAUCGCGUCGCCCUUCGUCCGCCUUUUCUCCUCCUUCACCGACUCCUUCUUCUUCCCCGUCGUCUGCCGACCGUCCCAACCGUCCCGACCGCCGACCCCCCAAGAAGCGCAAGGCUUCCUCGCCUGCCCCGGCCGACGACGCCGACCCUCUGAUGGCCACACAACAACGCAUGGGCAGCAGCAACACCGGCAGCAGCAGCAGCAAUGGCCGACUGACGCGCAUCCGCAAAGCCUGCGACAUUUGCCGCAUGCGCAAAGUGAAGAGCCUCGGCGCCGAGUGCACGUUCCAGUAUGUGUCGCGUCACCGGGGGCCAACGAGUCGGUUUGCGGCCGGCAGUGCCUGGAGUGCAGGCGUGGCGGCGUCCACCAGCGGGGGAGCAGCAGCAGCAGGACGAGGUACUGCGACCGCGACUGCAGACACCACACAGGAUGUGCACAUCCACAACAGCCACGAUGGCUUCACCGACACCAGCGACGUCUUUGCCGCCCUCUACAUGAUGCCCCAGCCCAUGACUCUCCCGCAGGCGCCGCCACUCCCCGAAGCCAUGGCCUCUCUGCCGCCACAGCUUUCCAUGUUCCGCACCGACAGCAGCAUGGCGCCGCCGCCAAUGCAUCCGCAUUCGCCGUCCUCGGUCGCCUCCGGUGCGUCCAUCCCGUCCGUCGGCUCGGCCGCCUCGCCGUCGAUGCCGUCCGUGCCCUACUCCAACAGCUUCUUUGAUGCGGUCGCGACCAACGCACGACACAGCCCGGCCGCUGCGUCUGUCCGCCUCGCCAACCCGCCGCACGUCAACAUCUACCCGCGCAUGCCACGGCCCCAGCUCAACCGCCAAGCCGUCCCGCCGCCGCCGCCGCCGCCGCCGCCGCAAAACCCGCAACAUCAGUUCCCGCCGCUGCCCCCGCUGCCGCUGCAGUUCCACCACGCGCCGCAAGCCGCACAGGCCGCCGCCCAGCCGCCGUCCAAGAAGACGCCGCUCAACAGCGACGCCAUCGCCCCGCUGCACGUCCUCGAGCUGCUCGUCGACGACUUUUUCACCUACAUCCACCCGCUCAUCCCCUUCCCCCACGAGCCCACCUUUCGCCGGCGCUUCUCGCACGCCGACACCCGCCAAGAGCCCGGCUUUCUGGCGCUGCUGGCCGGCAUGAUUGGCUGUCUCGCUGCGUCGUUCCCGCGCAGCGUGCGCGCCCACCUCAAAGCCCGGGCGGGCCUUGGCGGCGCCGGUGCCGGGGCCGGUGCAGGACCGGCGUCGUUUACACGCGCCGUCUACAUGGUGGCCUGCUGUCGCGACGUGGCCCUGGCGGCGCGCGGUGCGGCGUUUUACACCAAGGCGGUGCUGAGCGUCGACGAUGCCGCCACGAGUUACUUUCUGGGGCUGGCCGCUGGCUACACCUUUGACUGGCACCUGUGCAGGCGGUUCAUGGCCGAGGCCAUGUCGUUUGUGCAGGAGCUCGGGUUCCACCGCCGACGACCGACCGAGGCCGACACGGCGACGCACCACCAGCCCGCCGCCAUGGCCGCCGCCCUGGCCGCCCUCGGCAGCCCCCACGGCGCCGCCGGCACGCAGCGGCGCUUCAGCCACGUCGAGGACCAGAUCGGCAAGCGCAUCUUCUGGAUCCUGUACCUGGCCAUGCGGUCGCUCAUCCAGCUGGGCGCGACGCUCAGCGAGACCCCCCUGCCGCCCUUUAACAACGCCCGUCCGUUCCCCGACCUGCCCGCCGAGGUCGACGACGCCUACAUUGAGCCGGACGUCAUCCACCCGCAGCCCGCCGGCACCGUCUCGCUGAUUACGGGCUUCAACAAGGUCAUCCAAAUCUACGCCACGAUGGACCCCAUUGCCACCAUGGAGUACGCCUGCGGGCUGCACCAAGUGCCCGUCGCGGCGCAGCGGGCCAUGUUUGUGGACGCGCUGCAGGCCGCCAAGGCCAUCACGGCCACCCUGCCGGACGAGCUGUACCUGCCCCUGCCCGGAAGCGGCGGGCUGGCCAUGGACGGCGGCGACCACUUUCACGGCGGAGCCGAGCUGUUUUACGACGACCUGCCGGGGUACCGGUACUACCCGCCGGAGUGUGAUGUGGACGCGACGACGACGACGAUGACGACGACGACGAGCUAUGGAGCGACACGGCGGGACAGCAACCGCAGUACGCUGAGCAGUGGGAAUGCGCACAGCUAUGGUUAUGAUGGUGGUGGUGGUGGCGCCGCGACAACGCCCCGUCCCGACGACCUCCGGUCCCUGCUGACCAACCACCCGGCCCGUCGCCGCCAGGUCCAGUACGACAUCCAAAAGACCAACAUCUACGCCUCCCAGCUGGCCACCCGCUCGUACUAUGUCGAAAUGUACCUCCACCUCGAGGAUGACGCCGCCGGCACCGACGACACCGACGUGACUGCAACCGUCGACAACCCCAUGCGCGGCGAGCGCCAGCGCAUCGUCCACUCGCUGCUCUUUGUCCUCGCCGCCAUCCCCCAGUGCAACAUGGAACCCAACGGCAGCGCCCUCAUCAACAAGAUCCGCCAAGUCGCGUCGACCCUGCUGUCGGUCAAGACCACAAAGCCGACCGUCGACCAUGCGACGACACGCUCAAACAACGACAACAACAACAACGUCGUCGAUGACGAAGCCGCCAUGGAGGCGCAGCUUAUGCGCUUUCUGGACAUUCUGAUGCGCCUCGAGCGCACUGGGGGCCCCGCCGGCGGGGUCAUGGCCGCCAUGGGCGUGACGAGCCUGGACAGUCUGGCGGGCAUGAACAUUCCGGGACUGAGUGGUCUGGGCGGCGGGGGAGGCGGUCUGGGGGGUAUGGCCAGUAUGGCCUCGAGCAUGGCCUCGAGCAUGGGCCUGUCUGGCAUGUCUACACUGUCUGGACUGUCUGGACUGUCUGGACUGUCUGGUCUCUCCGGCCUCUCCGGUCUCUCCGGCCUGUCCAGUACUGCCGGCACGCAGGUCGACGACGAAGAAGAAGAGCUCCAAAGCUGGGCCAGUCUCCGCGAGGAGCAGAUGCGCUUUGCCGCCAACGGCGGCUUCCUGGGCCACUACAGUGUGUAG